AAAGCUGGAGGUAUGAGAGUGUCUAAAAAGCAAGAAAGCGGACCUGUUGAGAAAAAUGCUAAAGCUCCAGGAAAAGAAAAGACAAGUGCUGUUGCUGGUUUUUCAAAAACUCAGAACACGGGUGUCUUGCUAGCACAAGUGUUGAGCAAAAUGAGCCACAAAAUUCAUGCAGCAGCAUUGCAAGUGGCUCAUGAAAAGCCACAGCCUGCCUUGGAGAAGUUCAUACUGCCUAAAAGAAUUUACAUUAUUCAACAGCCACGGAAGUGUUAAAGAUACUCUUUAAAAUCCUCAUGUUUGCUUAAAAGUUGAGUUUCUGUUCUAAAUAGCACUUAGCACCCUGUGGUAAAAUGAUCAAAACCUGUGUGCCUUGUAUUCUACUGUAUUUCUGUUACUGACAAUAAAAUUCUUUACAAGAA